AUGAAAACAAUUAGCUUAUUUGGUAUUCCAGAACAAAUAGUUUAUGAUAAUGGCUCAAACUUUACAAGUCAACUGUUCAAAAAUUUUUGUAGAGAUCAUGAUAUACAUCACUUUCAGACUUCAGCUCACCAUCAACAUUUAAACGGGCAAGUUGAAAGGAUGGUAAGAACCUUUAAAUCACAUAUGAAGAAGUGCAUGGAACAAAAUAAUAUGGACAUAGAUAUCGCUUUGGAAAAUUUUUUUUUCAAUUACAGAAACACGCCAAACAGUACGACUGGCAUCCCACCAAGAAAACUCAUGUUCAAUCAUGAUAUGAGAACAAAAUGGGAUUUAUUAAAAUAUAAGAAAGACGACGACAACACUUCGUUCACAGUUUUACCAAAAAAUAAAACGAUGAAUAUUGGAGAAAAAAUUUGGUAUAGAAAUUUUGGAGUAAACAAGUGGGAUGAAGGCGUUAUAAUAAAAAAAGAAAGUAACAUGUUAUUUCAAAUUCAAACGAAAAAUGGUAUAUUAAGGAGGCACUUAGACCAACUUAAGAAAAGAUUUACCACUGACGAAGUAUUAAUUCAUCACUCAAAUACUUUGCCAACGAUUACAUUUUACAAGGAGAGAAAUGUUACUGAACAAGAAAAAGAUUGUACAGCCGACAUUACGAGGCCUAGCCGGAAUAGAACAUUACCUGCACGAUAUCAAGAUUAUAUUUUGAACAUAAAAUAUUCACAUACAAGAAGAAUUUGA